AUGUACCGUCAAGCAGAGGAAUGGAAUAACUUGCAGCAUCACCGCAUGCCAGAGAAUCACCCACAAAGUCAGUCCUUAGACGUGGUGCGCUUAGCGAGGGAAAUGCCUUCAACCCCUCGCAUGACUGCUGACUGCUCCCAGAUGAAGCUAGAAGCUUUCUGCAUGGCGACGUUUGCUGACUGCUUUGAAGUGCAGCCUUUCGGAAGACUGCACAGGUCGGUGAGGACGUUGCUUACAGCAGCAUGCUCAUGGACGACAGCGGCAGGUGAAAAUGACUUGCCUGUUCCGCUCAACAUGGAACUGCGCUUCUGUCCCACCUGCAAGGCAGGCAAUCGGACAAGAGAAGGGCUUGAUUCGAGUGCGAGAGACGUGUUGAUGUGUUGCAAUGUGUUACUGCCGGUAUGGCAUUCGAGCAUCGAUGACGAUGACCAUAGGUGA